CUUAGGAAAGAAAAACGCCAAGGAAAUGGCAUAUUCCAUUAUCCAUGGCACAUAUACCAAGAACUUAACAAACUGUUGAGUACCAAAACUCUUUGCUUGGUUGCUUCCAAUUUCUGCUAUGAUCUCCACAUCUUGUUUGCUUGGUACAUUCACUAACAUCAGCAACCAAAAAUAGAGGAAUUCAUGAAUGGAGGACUACACGGUAGGCAUGGUUCUAACCUUUUUCUUGAUCAUAACAAAGCUGGUUGGUUCUGGAAAACACAUACCAACAACUUUAGAUGGUCCCUUUGAUCCUGUAACUAUCCGUUUCGAUCCGUCUUUACGUCAAGGCAGUGAUGACAUACCGAUGAAUGAUCCAAGACUCAAGAAGAAUGUCACCUCUAUAUUUCCAGAACAAAUAGCUCUUGCUGUAUCCACACCAACUUCAAUGUGGGUUUCUUGGGUUACUGGGGAUGCACAGAUUGGUUCCAAUGUGACUGCCCUUGAGCCGGCAUCAGUCGCCAGUGAGGUUUGGUAUGGGAAAGAAAGUGGAAAGUAUACUAACAAAAGGAAAGGAAAUGCAACUGUUUAUAGCCAAUUGUACCCAUUUGUAGGGCUUUUGAAUUAUACCUCUGGCAUCAUUCACCAUGUCAGAAUUGAUGGUCUGGAACCAGGGAUAAAGUAUUACUAUAAGUGUGGAGAUAGCUCUCUUUCAGCUAUGAGUGAAGAGCAUGUGUUUGAAACCUUACCAUUGCCCGGCCAUAGUUCCUAUCCUCGUAGAAUAGCAGUUAUAGGAGAUUUAGGUCUAACCAGAAAUUCAUCAACAACAAUUGAUCAUCUGACCAAGAAUGAUCCCUCAUUGAUCUUAAUGGUUGGAGACUUGACCUAUGCAAAUCAGUACCUUACUACUGGUGGGAAAGGAGUUCCAUGCUUUUCAUGUGCAUUCCCAGAUGCACCAAUUAGAGAAUCUUAUCAACCUCGCUGGGAUGGAUGGGGAAGGUUCAUGGAGCCACUGAUCUCAAAAGUUCCUAUGAUGGUCAUUGAAGGCAACCACGAAAUUGAACCUCAAGUAGCUGAGAUCACUUUCAAAUCAUAUUUGACAAGGUUUGCAGUUCCAGCUGAGGAGUCUGGCUCUAACAGUAACUUUUAUUAUUCUUUUGAUGCUGGAGGGGUACAUUUCGUUAUGCUUGGGGCAUACGUUGACUAUAAUAGUACAGGAGCUCAGUAUGCUUGGCUAAAGGAAGACCUAGGAAAAGUAGAUCGUACGGUAACCCCAUGGCUAGUAGCAGCAUGGCAUCCACCAUGGUAUAAUAGUUAUUCCUCUCACUAUCAGGAAUUUGAAUGCAUGAGGCAAGAAAUGGAAGAACUUUUAUAUCAAUAUGGCAUCGAUAUUGUUUUUUCUGGCCAUGUUCAUGCUUAUGAAAGGAUGAACAGAGUGUAUAAUUAUACAUUAGAUUCAUGUGGACCUGUCUACAUAACAGUUGGAGAUGGUGGGAACAUUGAGAAAGUUGAUGUUGAUCAUGCAGAUGUCCCUGGAAAGUGCCCUUCACAAGGAGACAAUAAACCAGAGUUUGGAGGUGUGUGCCACUUGAAUUUCUCUUCUGGUCCUGCUAAAGGCAGGUUUUGUUGGGACAGGCAACCAGAGUGGAGUGCAUUUAGAGAAAGCAGCUUUGGACAUGGAAUACUUGAGGUUCUGAAUUCGACAUACGCAUUGUGGACUUGGCACAGAAAUCAGGAUAUAUAUAAGGAGGAUAGUCCCGGUGAUCAAAUCUAUAUUGUGCGACGGCCUGAAUUGUGCUUUCCCUCUACAACCUUAAAAGGAAACAAUGAGACUGAACAAGCAGCACAAGUAAAAGAAAAUGCAGCCGUAUCUUCUAAAUGGUCAUGGGUUAUGCCAUUAUUCUUCAUGGUGACAAUUGCGGUCUGUUAACAAUUGUAGAAUGAUUAACACAGAAAAUUACCAAGUUCACUGGUUGAAGAUCAGGUGACCAGAGGAAUGAUACAACAAUAGUUACGUUUCCAGACCAUUGUUGCUUGAUGCAACAGUCACUCUUUCAAUUCAUCAUGCAAAUUGUAUGAGCAGAACUCAUGUCACCUGCUUGAUAUUGUUCUACUGCUAAAAUAUACCAUGGCCGCGAAGGUUUU